AAGUAAAUUUUGGUGCAGAACACUCUAACAACCCGAACUCGGAACGACGGCCCGGACAGGUCUCCGGAGUAUGUCGGUGUAGAAUCGGUUCUAUCUUAGUGAAGCGAAGAAGAAAACGGUGCUGUGUUGCUUGACGUGAAGAAAGCAAACCACGACGGGUGGAAAAUCUCGCGAAAAUGCUGCUGAAUUUGUACGAAAUGUCGCAGCUCAGCGACAGCCGCAAAUUAACCACGGUCCUGCUGUUUCUAUUAUUAGACCUGUGUUUCAAACGGGCAGAAUCGGCCACCUCACAGGCGGAUAUCGACCGCCACCUGGAGAUGGGAAGGGACCUGCUGGCACGGGGACAGCUCUCGGAUGCCCUGACACAUUACCAUGCCGCCGUGGAGGGUGACCCGAACAACUAUCUGACGUACUUCAAGCGCGGAACGGUGUACCUGGCCCUCGGCAAGUCCAAGUUCGCCAUCAACGACUUUUCCCGCGUGCUCGAGCUGAAGCCGGACUUUAUUGCGGCCCGAGCGCAACGGGGCCAGGUUUACCUCAAGAUGGGUGACUUCGACAACGCCGAGGUGGACCUGGUGAACGUGCUGCGGAUGGAUCCGAACAAUCACGACGUGAACUUCCAGUACGCCCGGAUCGACCCGGCCCGGGAUCAGUGGGCGCUGUGCUUGGACGUGAUGCAACGGGGUGACUUUGGCACGGCAAUUGCGCUGUUGACUCAGCUGCUGGAGAUUUGUCCGUGGUCGGUGGAGAUUCGGGAAGCGAGGGCACAAUCGUACAUUCGGAUUGGCGAUCGGUUGGCCGCUGUCAAUGACUUCCGGUCGGUGAAUCGCCUUUCGCACGAUAGCACGGAUGGUUAUUACACGCUGUCGAAGAUUCUGUACGACCUGGGAGAUUCGGGAUCGGCACUGAAGGAGAUUCGCGAGUGCUUAAAGCUCGAUCCGGAGCACAAAGACUGCUUCCCGUUUUACAAAAAGAUCAAGAAGGUCGACAAGGUGCUGCAAGAUGCGCAAUCAUCGCUGGAAGAGCAAAGGUACGCCGACUGUACGCAAUACGCCGAAAAGCUCAUCAAGCUUGAACCGGACGUUCCGAUGAUGGUGUACAACGGCAAACAGGUGCUCUGCUCUUGCCUCGUCAAGGACGAACAGUACACGGCAGCCGUCGGACGGUGUCGAGAAGCGUUGGACCUGUACCAGGAUCCGGAAGUGAUGUGCGACCGGGCAGAAGCCCUAAUCGGCGCUGAGAUGUACGACGACGCCAUCCACCAGUACCGCGAGGCGUUGGAAAUCAACGACAGCCUUCAGCGGGCCAAGGAUGGCAUCGAACGGGCCCAGCGAAUGCAGAAGCAAGCCGAACGGAGGGAUUACUACAAAAUUCUCAACGUGAAGCGAUCCGCGACCAAGCAGGAAGUGGUGAAAGCCUACCGGAAAGCCGCCCAAAAGUGGCACCCGGAUAACUUCCAGGGCGACGAGAAGAAGAUGGCCGAAAAGAAGUUCAUCGACAUUGCCGCCGCCAAGGAAGUUCUCACCGACCCCGAGAAGAGGCGGCAGUUUGACGCCGGCGAGGAUCCGCUCGAUCCGGAAGGCGGCCGCAACAACGGCUUCGGCGGCGGCAAUCCCUUCCAUCACUUCCAGCACGGGUCACCGUUCCAGUUCAAGUUCCACUUCACGUAGAUCCUCAUCAUCUUUACGUUGCUCUCCCCUUUGGGACGGACCGUGCAGUGCCAGCUUUAAAUUAUUUCCCCUCACUUUUUUUUGCGUCUGAACUUUGGUUCUUUCCUGUUGAAUUUAGCAAUCAAACCAAUUCCUUUUUUUAUAUAAAAAAAAAAAAUAAAAAAAUACCUCGGUAUAAGUUAGCAAUCGAUGGAGUGAAAUUUGAGACACGCGGGAAACGCAAAAACACCACGCCUUUUGGAGCAAAAAUUUCAAAUUCGAAAAAAAAAACGAACCGAUUGUUUCCUUACUUUCUCGUUUUGCCCCAUCAUCAGGUUUGAAGAACUGAUUAAGUAGGAGUAAAGUAAACUAGUGUAAAUAAACGCUUGAUCACAAUUAAUGAUUAGUAA